UUCCUUGGCCAGGCUUUUUGUACAUUGGGAGAGGUGGUGGGUUCGUUGGGCGGUCGUAUGGAGAAACCUCUUGGGGGGAUUCCAGGGAAGAAAUGUGGGACGAUUAUUGUGAAGGCUGAGGAGCUUAGCAACUGCAGGGAGUCUGUGAUGAUGCAAUUUUGUGCCAACAAACUGGACAAAAAGGACUUCUUUGGCAAAUCGGACCCUUUCUUAGUGUUUUAUCGCAGCAAUGAGGAUGGAACAUUUACCAUUUGCCAUAAGACAGAGGUGGUGAAGGUCAAUCUGAACCCUGUGUGGCAAGCCUUUAAAAUCCCCAUCAGAGCCCUGUGCAAUGGCGAUUUUGACAGAACGAUCAAGGUUGAAGUGUAUGACUGGGAUCGGGAUGGCGGUCAUGACUUCAUUGGAGAAUUCAGCACAAGCUACAGAGAACUGUCAAGAGGCCAGUCACAAUUUAACGUGUAUGAGGUCAUAAACCCGAAGAAGAAAGGCAAGAAGAAAAAAUAUCUCAACUCUGGAACUGUGACACUGCUGUCAUUUCUCGUUGAUAUUGAAGUCACCUUCCUGGAUUACAUCAAAGGCGGGACUCAAAUUAAUUUCACAGUGGCGAUUGAUUUCACAGCUUCUAACGGCAACCCAGCCCAGCCCACUUCCCUCCAUUACAUGAAUCCCUAUCAGCUCAACGCCUACGCCAUGGCGCUCAAAGCCGUGGGGGAGAUCAUACAGGACUAUGACAGUGACAAGAUGUUCCCUGCACUGGGCUUCGGAGCCAAGCUUCCUCCUGAUGGGAGAAUAUCCCAUGAGUUUGCCCUGAAUGGAAACCCUCAGAAUCCAUAUUGCAAUGGCAUUGAUGGAGUCAUGGAGGCAUAUUACCAGAGUCUAAAGUCCGUCCAGCUCUACGGACCUACCAACUUCUCGCCUGUCAUUAACCAUGUAGCCAGAUAUGCUGCCUCAAUAAAGGACGGAUCACAGUACUUCAUCCUCCUCAUCAUCACAGAUGGAGUGAUAUCAGAUAUGGCCCAGACAAAGGAGUCCAUUGUUAAUGCUGCAUGUCUUCCCAUGUCAAUUAUUAUUGUUGGAGUUGGACCAGCCGAGUUCGAUGCCAUGAUCGAGUUGGAUGGUGAUGAAGUCAGAAUCUCAUCGAGAGGCAGAUAUGCUGAGAGAGACAUCGUACAGUUUGUUCCAUUCAGAGACUACAUUGAUCGCACUGGGAAUCACAUCCUCAGCAUGGCCCGCCUGGCCAAAGACGUUCUUGCUGAGAUCCCAGACCAGUUCCUAUCCUAUAUGAGGACCAGAGGAAUCAAGCCGUCUCCUACUCCCCCUCCGUAUACACCCCCAGGACACCCACUGCAAACUCAGAUCUAAAAUGGGCCCUGGAGCGAGCCUUGCAGUA